AUGCCAGGCCGUGCAUAUCAAUGCCUACGGCCACGCCCAGAGCCCGAAGUCUUCGAUGGCUUUGCAGAGUGGUACGGCUACGGUGAUGCCGAUGCCGAUGCACAGACAGUGGCCGGGCAGCCGAAGAAGCUAGAUGGCUACCAGGAGUGGUUCGGCUACCCAGAUGAUAUCGCUCCAACGACAUCUAUGUAUCUGCCAGACCGUGAUCCGGGUGAUGACGAACAGCAUGACCAGAGCCAGCGCCUGGCAAUGGAAGCAACAGAGAUGAGCUUGACCUUAGUACAGUCUGCAAUUGAGGAAAGGCGUUGCCAGUUAGCUUCAAAGCACGGUGACGAGGCCGAGCAGCUGCAGCAGGAGAUUCAUCAGUUGAAGUUGCAGCAGGCUCGGCUGGCCCGGGCUUUGUGGAGCUUGCACGAGGAGACAGGCACCGGGUAA